UGGAAACUGACGCUCUAUUAUGGGGGACUCUCUGCACUAACCCGCUUCACAGGCACUAACCCGCAAAGAUGCAAAGAUACAACGAAGGAAAGUAUUUUCUGCCACUUUUCUGAAGAAGACCGCGGGUCUCUGUUAAAGGAUACUCUCGCCGGCCGCUGGUGGUAUGAAGGAUUUAUCUUGUUACUGAGGUGCUUUCGUGAAGACAAAGCUAUAAAUUUGGCAGGAAGACAGGGGAUUGAAAGACGCUUGGUUGAUGUCCUUAACAACAGACUAGCAAUAUCAAGACGACUUCCAUCAGUUGACUUUAGCAAGAUCCUUAUCAAACGGCCGAUUUUCAUAAUUGGUCCUCCGCGCACCGGAACCACUUUUCUCCAAAAGCUCUUUUUCUCCGAUCCGCACAACACAUGCCUGAAGUUUUAUGAGCUCCUGCAACCAGUUGUAGACGCCGAUACCGUCGUCGAGGACCCACGAAUUUUGAAAACUACACAAAGAAUAGCCAAGCUGUAUGCCAACAGACCGCAUUUGAAAACCAUGCACACGGAGGAGGCUAUCGGUCCGGAAGAAGAUCAUGCUCUAUUUGAUAACAUCGGUUUGUUUAAGGAAAACAUGUUCCAAGGCAACAAUUGCAUAGAAUAUUUAAAUUGGUUUGAGGCUCGGACCAGUGAUGAAAUGGUUGAAGUUUAUCGUUUCCACAAGCAGCAAACUCGGCUUAUACUUCACAGCAGAGGAGCCGUGAAUAGUGAUCGGCAGAUGGUUUUUAAAGAUAAUUUCCACAGUCUGUAUUUGGAUGCUCUGCUUAAGGUGUAUCCUGAAGCAAUCUUUGUUCACACCUACCGCAAUCCGAGCGCAUCCGUAGCUUCCCUGUGUUCCGUCGUCGAAGCAUUGAAACAUCUCAUCUAUGAGGAACAUGGCAUCGACUUAAAACAACUUGGCAGGGAGGUAUUAAAUUGGUCAUUUUUUCAUGGUGGAAUGGAGAUGAUGAAUUUUCGGAGGAAUCACCCAGACCUGGAGCACAGAUUCAUCGACAUUGCAUAUGACGACCUUGUCACAUCGCCCAUGGAUGCUGUGAAGAAAAUAUACGAUCAUUUUGGCCUGGGACUGAGCGACCAAGGGAAAGACAACAUGGAGGCGUAUGUGAUGGAAAACCCACAAAACAAAUAUGGCCGCCACAAGUAUGACCUGAGGCGUUAUCAUCUGACAGAAGAGGACGUUUUGAAGCACUUUAAGGAAUAUGUGGAGGAGUACAAAAUCCCAUGUUCAUAAUCAGUGUUAACUUUUAUCAGUCGUCAGAGUUGUCUUGUGACUCUUUAACAGUUGGUAAUUAGUAAAAUAUGGAGAUUCAAAAUUACGCUGUAAAUGGAUGCUUUAUAACUUAAAAUCAGCCACGCAUUUUAGUUUGCUUUAAAAGUUAUUAAAAGACGAUACAUUACUGGGGCAUCAUUUUAUUUCUGUUUGGUUUGGAUUUAUGUUAUUACACGUGUGUCCUUGUCUUUAUUUACACCAUAUCUCUGUAACUUGUUUUAAUCUUCAAUACAUUUAAGGUCUGCAGUCCUGAAACAUUAUGCUUAAUCAAUUGCUCCCUGUUUUUUCUUGGCAUGAGUGUUAGAAAUAAGAAAUAAUAAAGUACAUAAUGAUAACCCAUGAAUAUAUUGAAUUGCAUCAAUCAACAGCAAAAUUCAGUUUUGAAACUGUGGUUGUUUCUGAUUCUCUGAUAACACCAGGAUAAAUAACAUUCCACAGGGUCAAAGCUCAUUACUGAGGUCUGCAAAACUCCACAAAUUCUUUGAAAUAUUCCAACACUUCUUCCUCUGUCAGAUUAUAGCGUUUCAACCCAUACGCGUGCUGGCCGUAUUUGUUUUGCGGAUGGUCAGUAACGUAAGUAGACAUCUUGGCUUCCCUUAACGCCGUCAACUCCAAGCCAAAGAAGUCGUAAAUCUCCUUUACAACUUUCAUUGGCGAUGCAACAAUAUCUACGUAAUCUACAUCGCAGAAUCGGUGCGCUUCUUCUGGGUGUUGCUUUCUAUAUCGAACCAUUUCAUUUCCACCGUGAAGCAGCGGAGACCGCAUGGUAUGUUGACCAAAAUCAUCCAGGUCUAUGUUCUUAGGCUUGGACACGAAAGUAGCAAACCUUUUUGAUAACAGGGAACAUACGGACGCGGUCGUCUCACAGGGGUCACGGUAAGUACUGAUAAAGCGGGCGUCCG